CUUACAGUAACUUUUCUUCUUGUCAUAAGCUACUUCCAAGAAGGUUCGUUUUUAUGAGAUUGAUAUUGAAAGUUACUUCUACAUUGUCUUACAAUGGCAGACUUCAACACUUCUUCAUCAGAAGUCGACCCAACCUUCACGUGUGCUCUAACACCCCAGUACAGCUUGAUCUUUGACCGUGCCGUUCAUCCCAGUGCAACGAUUGCGUUAUGUACUUUUAACAUUCUAUUCGCUAUUACAGCAAGCGUCUUGAACUUCCUAGUCAUGGCAUCAAUCAUAUCAACCCCAAAACUUCAAACUCCGACUUUCAUUCUACUCUGCAACCUCGCCUUGACUGACUUUUUAGUCGGCCUUGUGAUUGGCCCCAUGGUGGUCGUAUACCUGAUAACGCGGGAACUUGGGGAAUAUAGUGUUUUUUGCAGUAAUUGGAAGGUGUUAGUAGUGAUGAGCUAUUUCCUUUGCCCUGUUUCGUUGUACACUAUUACUAGUAUCAGUUACGAUCGGUAUCUCUCGCUCCAAAUGAAACUCAAGUACAAGACAGUAGUGACGAAAAAGAAAGCUUGCGUGACAGUCGUUAUUUUAUGGGUGUGCGCCGGUUUAGGAGUCACGCUGAUCGGCAUCUUAGGGAAAACCCCGUUCUUGAUACUAGUGUGUUGCGUGACAUUUUUCUGUUUGGUUGUGAUCAUUGAUUGUUAUUUGUUAUGUGGUGCUGCGAUAACACGACAUCAGAACGAAAUUAUGGCUUCAACGUCUGUGAAAAAAUCAAAACCAAGACAGACAUCCAACACUCGUCAAGAAAGUUUACGAGUGAAUAAAGGAAGAAAGGGAAUAAAAAGACCUAUCGAGUCGUUCGGCCAAGAGCGUGACGAACGGAAGAAACUCGCCAAGUCACGUGACUGUGGAACGAUAAACGCCAUUGGGCAGUUUGAGACACGUGACUCAUAUGAGGACGAUAACAGCAUUGGACAACUUGAAUGGAUGGGUUACGAAGAAGACGAAGAGUUAGAGCUUAGCAACACAAUAUUUGAUGACUUGGAGCUUGAAGAAGGCGAUAACAAGGCAAUAAAAAGCGAAGAGGAGUGUUUACAAUGUCAYAUGUCUAUCCAGAACCCGAUAAAUGAUUCUAGAAAGCGAAGGUCGACGACGUCAUCGACUUUGGGCGGGAAAACUCAACAUACUCCCGCCCCUUCAAACCUGAAAUACAUCCUCGUAAACAAGGAUAUUGAAAGUGUUAUUGAAGAAGUUGAAAUUGAAACGAAACGUGAGAAAAAAACAACGCUUGGAGAGACGAACAGAAACGAUGAAGGGAACGUCAACGAACAGAAAGAAAAGCUAGAUGCUCAACGUGAAGCUAACAUCCAACGAACAGACAAUUCAAAGCUAACAUUUCAAAAGGCGCAAUUGCUCGUUGAUAUCAAAAAGUUCAAACAAACUCUUCAUACGAUACUCAUGAUUGUCGUGUCCCUGUUUCUCUGCUAUUUGCCAUACAUGGUUGUCAGUACAAUGGUUAAUCUAAAUAUUCUAGCUAUUGGCAUUUCCUGGGAUUUAGCUACUAUGAGUAUAUACCUGAACUCGUCUAUUAGUCCAAUCAUUAUGUGUACUAGAAUUUCUAGUAUCAGAGAAGCUUGUAGGAGGAUACUUAGAAGGACGUUUAGUCGCCAGUGAAAGUAUAUAGAGGAUGGUGUUCAGGUCAAGUAUAAAGGAGAGAC